UUCUGCAGACUAAACCUGGUGGGGAUGGAAUCAUCAGAGAGUACAACAAAACCAAAUGCUUAUCUGACAGCAACAGGAGAAAGAUGGUCAAUAUUCUUACUGCAGAUAUGACUGAAAAGCACAGCUCAUCUCCACCCAAACAAGUAAGAGAACUGUAUGCUCAAGGAAUCAUUGCCCUGUUUCCAUAUCUUAGGGAUCCAUAUGCAAAGCUUGGUUAUGAACAUUAUUAUGACCCUCAAAGUGGACAAGGGUACUUGUCAUGGAAAAUAAAGAACAUUCAGAGGAACAGUGCACCAUCAGAGAUCCGUAGAUGUGUCCCCCAGUCUUUUGGUGGCCCAUCUGCGCAGAGAGAAGCUUCAUUCAGCACAGAAGUUAUCCUGACCGAAGAAGAACAGUAUAGGGAAGCAGUUUCUCUUAUGAAGCAUACUUCAGAGGAGGUGACAAUGGUUCAUGACCCAAGCAGAUGCACUGAUGUGCUAACUGAAUUUCCACGUUAUUUGGAUAUUAAAGGCCUGAUUGAGCUGGAUUUUGCUUGUCUUUUUGGUGAAAAGACAGCAGCUAAGUUUUUAGAGAGGUGGCCAACUACAUUUAUGCCGAAAGUCAUUCAGCAGAGCAAGGGGCUUAACUCCUCCCAAGAACUUCAGGACCUGAUUCACUGUGCAGAAUCGGCUGUGGACACUGAAUCAGAUGAAGACGGAUGGGGUAGCGGUCUUGCUUCGAUUCUUCUUUUACUUCACCUAAUUCCACCAUCACCACAAGGUCGCAAGAGACCUGGGAAAAUGUCGGCAUCUCCUGCUAUGAUGAACACUGGCAGCUACUAUUACUGUUACUACAAAUUGUAA